AUGGACGGCGUUGAUAAAACACAUACAUCACGGUCUACAGAGCUUUUUCCAGCACUGAGCAGUACCGGAUAGCGGAGGGUCACUACCAAAUCCGAUUCCCACGCAGAAACAGAGUAUAUGAGUUGAUGCAGGAAAGUGGUGUUUGAAUUUCGGAUUCGUCUCGUUCUCUCCUAUCAUUGUUAGUAUUAUUUUCUAAUUCUCCAUCUAUGGCGGAUGCUCUUCGACUAUCUCAAAAUUCGUUUCUGUUUUCAUCCUCUCCGUUUCUGCUCAUCUUCCAACCAUCUCCAAACACUCCAACUCAGCUAUCGAUACUGCCCAAGCAACAAAUCCCAGAUAGAAUUAGUAUCUCUUCAGAAGCUGCCGCUGCCCUUUUCGUUAAACAGCAAAAGAGAUUGUCUUCUUUUAAGGUACAUGCAACUGUUGCUGAAAAGGAUGGUGAGCCAAAAUGGUGGGAAAGAAAUGCUAGCCCAAACAUGAUUGACAUUCAUUCUACAGAAGAAUUUUUGAGUGCAUUAAGUCAAGCUGGAGAUAAACUUGUUAUUGUUGAUUUUUAUGGCACAUGGUGUGGCUCUUGUCGGGCAUUGUUCCCCAAGCUCUGCAAGACUGCGGAAGAACACCCGGACAUUUUAUUCCUGAAAGUGAAUUUUGAUGAGAACAAGCCCAUGUGCAAAAGUUUGAACGUCAAGGUGCUUCCAUAUUUUCAUUUCUAUCGCGGCGCAGAUGGACAGUUGGAGUCCUUUUCAUGUUCACUUGCAAAGUUUCAGAAAAUAAAGGAAGCUAUCGAAAAGCAUAACAGUUCUCGUUGUAGCCUUGGUCCGCCUUUGGGCACAGGAGAUCUGAACCUUCUUGGAUUCUCUAAUUCAGUGGACAAGCCUGCAGAAGCCAGUUCCAGAUAGCCCUCUUUAUACCAUUCUACUCUACGCCAGGCCUUUGAAUUUGAAGCCAUUCCUGAUGCACAUCAUCCUCCUAUUGUAUAUUUCCAAUAUCUUUGUAUUUAACUCAGUGGAUGCUUGUAAGAAAAAUAAAAUAAAAUCACGGCAUUCUUGAGUUGUUCAUGUUGCCACUGCUUCACAACUGUUUAUAGAGUACUAGUAGGUUAUUGAAAUUCAUGCUAUCUGUAUUCAGUUACUCAAA